AUGGUAGAAUCGAGGGAUUCAAGAGAUGAUACUUCACCUGGCCUGGGCGCGUCCUACGACAGAAAUGAGCGGCGGGGGCACAAGAGCUAUCGCACCGCUCCAGACGAAAAAUACUACAGAAGCCCGCAGUCUUUCAGAGGUUAUCAAGAAAAGCUCGAGUACGAUGAUAGGCCAGACAACGAAUAUAUAUACAGCCAGAACAAAGAGUAUGGAUACCCACGAAGCGAGGAGUAUCCCCCCAUUCCAUACGACAGAGCAUCCUCCGCCGAAAGGUCCCCAAGAGAGUCGCAGUCUCCUCCGCACUCGCUGAAAGAGAACGCCUCGCGAGAGGGCGGGAGAAUGUACGCCCAGCCCUUCGCAGGAAGACAGUUCCGAAGCAACAGCAUAUCAGGCAUAUCUCUCCUAUCGCUGGGGCAGGAGGCAGAAAGAGAAAAGAUGCUGGGCUUCCACUCGCCGCACUCCCACAUGGGGCAGGUUUCUCCCAGGAUGGCGGUUCCUCCGCCAAUGGAGGGCAGCUCUUCGUCUUUCCACCAGAAACAGGGCGGAUCGCCAAUGUCCAGUCUGCGCUUCUUCAGGAAAGAGAACAUGGACGACUCUGCAGAAAGCGAAGACGAAGGGUCCAGAGCGAGCAAAGGAAGGAAGAAGAUAAAAAUGGAGUUCAUCAAAGAUAAAGGAAGGAGAGGCGUCACAUUCAGCAAGAGAAAGAAGGGCAUCAUGAAGAAGGCGUACGAGCUGAAUGUCCUGACCAAAUGUGAGAUACUGCUUGUGGUUGCAUCUGAAACAGGACAUGUAUAUACAUUUGCUACACCGAAACUGCAGCCCAUCAUAAAGCAGCACGAAAACCUCAUCCAGCAAUACUUGAACACACCAUACAUCAACGACGUGAACCGAAUAUACGACACGUCGGAGCGCUUCGCACCGGACACGCCUGGCUAUUAUAAAAACACCGACUCGUACGGGUACGACAGGAUACUCCGGGGGCAGGGAUACUCUUCUGGCUACUACCACAGCGGAUACGACACAGACAGCUCUCCGGGGAACAACAAUGGCUCUCGUCAGUAG